CUGUCGCUAGUGGCCGGUGUCGCGCGUCGCCGCCACAUGACAUCUGACCCCUUAUCAGCCGCGCUGCUAUCUGCCGCGUGCUCCGUCGCCUGCCGCACUCCGCAUCCCGGCGCGACGCCGACGCCUCACGCACACAACACAUUUAUUGGGUGAUUUUGGCAACAGAUUGACGUGCAGAGAUGUUGUGGGCGUGGUGCUUGGCGCUGGCGGCGGCCGCGCUGGGCUGCGAGCUGAUCCCGGGCGACGACGCGCCUCCCAAGUCGCCGGGAGACAACUUCUACCGCAUCCUCAUCAACGGGGAGGUGGAGAGAUACGCGCCUAACCAGCGCUAUGUUGUGACUCUCGUCGGCUCUCGGACCCACUCUGUCGUCCAGCAGUUCACUAAGUUCCAGCUGAAACUGGACCCCCUGGACCCGUCUGCUCCCAGGAGUCCUCGCAAGCAGGGCCAGUUCCAGCUCUUCGCAGACACCCUCACAAAGUUCGACGAAGAAUGCACCAACUCUGUGAUAGAAGCCGACGACCUGCCCAAGACCGAGGUGCAGGUCAUGUGGAAGGCUCCACCGGCUGGCUCUGGAUGUGUGGUGCUCAAGGCAAUGGUAUACGAAAAUGAGAGCAGAUGGUUCGCACAAGACGGGCAGUUGACCAAACGCAUCUGUGAAGAUACAUCGCUGUCCACACCCGAGUGUUGUGCUUGUGAUGAUGCUAAAUACAAGUUGGUAUUUGAAGGAUUGUGGUCACCACAAACGCACCCCAAGAACUUCCCCGUGCAGGCGCUGUGGCUGACACACUUCUCUGACGUCAUCGGAGCCACGCACCCCAAGAACUUCACCUUCUGGGGCGAGGGAGAAAUCGCUACUGAUGGUUUUAGAUCUCUAGCAGAGUGGGGCUCCGUAGGGCUCCUGGAGCGCGAGCUGCGCCAGCAGGGCCCCGUGCUGCGCUCCAUCGUGAAGGCGGCCGGGCUGUGGCACCCGCGCCUCAACCAGAACACCAGCGCCGCUUUCACCGUCGACAGGAAGAGGCACUACCUCUCCCUCGCUUCCAUGUUCGGGCCAUCCCCCGACUGGGUGGUGGGCGUGAGCGGCCUCAACCUCUGCAACAAGGACUGCACUUGGGCCGAGGAUAAAGUCAUCGACCUCUUCCCCUAUGAUGCCGGCACUGACGACGGCAUCUCUUACAUGUCACCAAACGCCGAAACAACCCCCCGUGAGAAGAUGUACCGCAUCACCACCAUGUACCCCGAGGACCCGCGCGCACCCUUCUACAACCCCGAGCAGCAGGAGAUGAACCCCAUGGCGAGGCUCUACCUGAGGAGGGAGAAGCUCAUCCCGCGCUCCUGCGACGAGGAGCUGCUGCAGAGCCUUGUCGUGGAGGAGGCAGAGAAUACAGAGUCGACGAAUAGGCCGGAAUGCGCCGUCACCGAAUGGGGCGCGUGGUCUGCGUGUUCGGUGACGUGCGGCAAGGGGCUGCGCAUGCGCACGCGCGACUACCGCAUGCCGCAGAAGGCGCAGAUGUUCUCCUGCGACCGCCAGCUCGUCUCCAAGGAGAUGUGCGUCGCCGCCGUUGCUGAAUGCGAAGGCGACAGCGCCAACGAGGCGGACUCGGACUUCAGCGCGGCGCCCGUGGAGGACGUGUCGGGCAUCUGCAAGACGUCGGAGUGGGGCGCCUGGAGCGAGUGCUCCGUCACCUGCGGCGUGGGCAUGAACACACGCCGCCGCCACUUCCUCAACCAGAUGGGGCUCAAGAAGUGUCCACUCGUGCACAUCGAGGAGAACCGGAAAUGCAUGCAGCCGCAAUGCUCGGAGGCGGACUUGCAAGCCGACAUCUCGGACCCGACGUGCCCCACCACCGAGUGGUCGGCGUGGUCGCCGUGCUCCGCGUCGUGCGGGCGCGGCGUGCGCUUCCGCACGCGCCUGCUGCUCGUGCCCGCCGAGCAGCAGCAGACGUGCUCCGCGCGCGUCGAGCUCAUGCAGCAGCGCACGUGCCAGGAGAAGGAGGACUGCACCAUCGACAUGCUCACUGCCAAGCGUAUCUGCAUGGAGGUGCCGGAGCAGGGCCCGUGCCGCGGCGUGUACCAGCGCUGGGCGUUCGCGGCCGCCAAGGGCAUGUGCGUGCCCUUCAACUACGGCGGCUGUCGCGGUAACCAGAACAACUUCAUCUCGCAGCAAGACUGCCUUAACACCUGCAGCCUCAUACUCGGAGGAGGUGCGCCGGGCGCAGCGGUCCCCGCGCCGACGCAGUUCGCGGCGCCCGUCAGCACCAACUACCCCGGCCUCCGCGUCAGCUCCAUCGAACCAGCACCGCCGGCCAGCAAUGCGAUAGGAAGCAACGACUGUCAGCUCAGCGGCUGGGGCGAGUGGAGUCGCUGCAGCGUCACCUGCGGCAUCGGCUACCAGGAGCGCAGCAGGACUGUGCUGGCUCAGCCAGGGCCGGGCGGCGCGCCCUGCCCCGCGCGCCUCAGCCGCAGGCGUCGCUGCUCCAGGUCCUGCUAGACAACUUGUCUUCAUCACCAACUCUACAUACUGUCCGUGUCAAGUGAAUUGGAUUCAGUGAUGCCAAAGUGAUGCCAUAGAUGUCAAAGUGUUCUUCAUGAGCUUUGAUGUUAAGUUUCACCAAAGAAUGCGCCGAUACAGAGUGGCUUCUACUUAAGUAAUUAUUCACUUUUAUUUUUAAGCAACAAAAUAAAUAAUAGAGAAAUUCAA